AGGCUUAUUUAUUGUACAUGCCGCCGGUCUCCCACGAUCCGGUGCGGGAAUAGCAUACGCAAGGGAAUACGCUAAACUAAUUAGGCUAGGUUUCAACAAAUACAAAGAGCCUAAUUGCGGAAAGGAGGGAUUUUGCGACCCGUACAUGUACACUAUCAUUUCCUGCGCUGCUGCGGAAACAGCGAUCACGCAGUCGACAAAAUGCGCAUCAGCCAACGAAACCUCAAAGGGAAUACCAGAAGCGUAUACCUGUUUUACAUUUUCCUGCGUUUUAUAAAUGUCACAGUAAGAUGUGAAGUCAAUGCCCGGGAAAAGGAAACUUCGCUAGAUGUUGUGUUUUUGAGUUAUGGCAUUUGGCCAGCUUAUCUCAUGACAUCCAUUCCGUUUAUUGGGCCAGGAUACGAUGUGGCGCUUACCCAAGUGAAUCAGAUCUACGCUGACGAGAAAAUCCGUUUCCGGUUGAUCCAUGUGGCGAGCGGCAAUGUUAAGGCGUGUCCCGAUCAGCCAGCUUUUGUUGACGAUGUUUCACGUUACGUCUACAAUAAUAUUUCCACUGUUAAAGAUGUAUACGGAAACACCUCAAGACAUACCAAAAUUCUUCCGAUCCUUUUAUAUGCCGGUUGCUUCGAAUUCGACACAUUGCCACAGCUGGCAAGAGAAUGGAAUAUGCUAUCAGUCCUAACCGGCUUGACUUUCGAAGGAUUCAGGAACCGGGAUCGUUAUCCAACCAGUAUUGCGCUUGGCCACUUUAACUAUCAAAACUAUGUGUCCGCUGUGAACGCCUUACUUCAGCUUUACGGAUGGUAUACCGUAUGUCUGCUGUACGAUGUCUCCCAACAGAUACCAUUCAGCUAUAAUGUGUACAAAAAGCUGGAUUCGUCGCUGCGCAAUUUGACUAUAUUAGCGUUGGAAUCGGAUGAUGCGUCAUGCAACCGUUAUCAACCAACGUCGCCCGGAUCUACGAGCGGAUGUUUUCGAACACGACGAGUGCAGUUAUUUACGUACGCUCACAACGCUUCGAUGACUGUCGACUAUGGGAGUAUACUGGCGGAUAUCGCUUUGAACUGCCGCAUUGUAAUCAUCUCCAGCACACCUUCGGUCACUCGGGAAAUCUUGAUUCAAGCGCACUGGCAUCAGCAGACGAAUCAGGAAUAUGUCUGGAUCAGCGUCGAACUGCCGGAAAACCCUCUUGGUUUAACGCGAUGGCAGAGUCUUAAGUCAUCCGCUGCAAAUGUAUCCAUCGCAGGUUGCGAGAACAAGACAGCAGUGUGCAGUUCAACCGGCUCCAUCGACAACAAUAAUUCAAACAAGGAUGCACUGGCCGCGUUCUCCACAGCAUCGCUGUUGCAAGUAAUCAACUGCAUUGAACACGACAGAAAUAUGACGAACACUCUACGCUCUCGCUUUAUGAACCUAACAAAAGAGCGCUACAACGUCACAUACAAGCCCGACACGAGGCCGACAGAGUCGACAAUGACGGCAUUCAGCGCAGUGCACAUGAUAGCCGCUGUUAUCAACGCAACCAUGUCCAACUUGCAACCAAGCACGGAACCACCAAAUGACGACACCAAUAGGACUUCGUACGAACAUCAACAACAGUGGCCUUUGGGACGCCUAAUGGCUGACAAGUUUCUUGGACAUGAAUUUGCGGACGGAGCAAAGGGACAGUUAUUUGUGGAUAACUACGGUGAACGACAGGUGCCGAUUUGUGUGGCCAUAUUCGAUCCACUAACCAAGGACUUCACGAAAGUGCAAGUGCUGGAUCAUCAUAGCCCGUUUCUACGGAACAUUGUUAACGUCACAACACAACUUACAUGGAAGACAUCGGACGGAAAUGCGCCUCCCAACGAACCCGUGUGCGGAUUCCGGGGGCAAAAGUGCACAACAACUCAGCAAACCGAUCUGAUAAUAGCACUUGUAACCGUUUCCGGUAUCUUCUGCGUGGGAUUAUUAGCUGCCGCUUGUAUUAUACGGCAAGUGAAGAAAAACGGAUGGUCGGCACUAAUUCUUGCGGAAGCCAGAUGGCGCGUGGAUCUUUCGCAGCUGACAAUUGGUCAGGAACGCCUGACACAUCCCCAACUGCUCACCCAGUCUCGAAAGGCGGUUCCUAACCCUCUGGUCCCUGCGUCUUCUAUGCGGUUUUCGAAUGCUCGCGAAAAGCACCAAAGCAACCCGUUGGAGACGAUGCACGACAUUGAUCCUGUGCUGUAUCUGCAAAAGCACAGCAAUAAUCUGCACAAAUUGUCCGUGUUUUACAAAGGCGUGAGGGUUUGGGCCAGGGUAUAUUUUCUCCAAGUUGCGGAUCAUAAGUCAGCGGCAAAACGACGGGUGGCAUUUCCUUUGGCUAAAACUAGCAGGUUGCUCAAUCAGGUAUGGCAAAUAACACACCAACAUCUAAAUCUCAACACAUUGAAUGGAGUGUAUUGGUCACCCUUACCGUCUGGCAUGACCGUCAUCGUCUUAACUGACUUUUGUCAGCGAGGAAGCGUACAAGAUUUGCUGAGCAGCAGCGUACGAUUAGACUGGGAAAUGCUGACUUCUCUCCUUACGGAUCUUACACAGGCUGUGUGGAUUGUUCAUUCUUCGCCGUUACUUCGGCAUGGUCAUUUGCGACCGGAAGUAUGCUUGAUCGACAAGAGAUUGUCGCUGAAGCUGGACACAGUGGGAAUUUACGACAUCCUUAGUGCCGAUCGGCGCUUCGCUCAAACGAUGGAUCACCGUACGAUGCAUAAUAUACCGGAUCUGGUUAUACGACCAAGGGGAGAAGCCGUUGUAUUACUGAACAAGGAAUCACUGGAGAAAUGGACAGCUCCCGAGUUGCACGGCUUUCUACAUAGCACACAUUGCUCCAGUAUGACAGAGUUGGUUUCAAACCCGUUAUCCACAGCCGCCGCGGAUAUGUACGCAUUGGGCAGAAUUUUUGAUUAUCUGCUUAAAAGCGUAAUGGGACACGAGUCUUUGGCCAAGCAGGACUCCAAUCAGACCGAUCCGACGGAGCCUAAUUCACCCGCACAGAGAGUCCCAGGAACCAAUGAUUUCAGAACACGCACUUUUACAGUAGAUCGUCAGGGAAUGCGAAAUCAUUUCCGGAGUAAAAGAAUUAAAGGUCGAAUGCAACUAUACACGGCAGUGUCCGAGUGUUUGAACGUAGAUCCAAGUAAACGGCCGACCAUACAAAGAAUAAGAAACGUCAUGCAGAAUCUGCGUGCUGGGCACAGCACAGGUCAGAAUGUCCUGGAGGUGCUGAUGAAGCGUAUUGGGAACUAUACAACACAACUGGAAGAAGCAGUGGCUGAGCGUUCGCAUGAACUACUCAACGAACGGCGACUGUGCGACGAACUACUCAGAGAGAUGCUGCCAGUGGAAAUAAUCCGCAAACUAAGGCUAGGAGAAGAAAUCAACCCGGAAAGCUACUCCAGCGUCAGUGUGAUGUUUAGCUAUUUAUCCGGCUUCUCCGAAUUUUCCACCUUCCACCUGGCAUCUCCCUUUACUGUAAUUGCUUUUCUGAACGAGCUUUUUGGACAGUACGACGAAGCGUUAAGCGUCUUGCGGGUGUACAAGGUGGAGACUGUUGGUGAUAGCUACAUGGUGGCUAGUGGCCUACCAGAAACUGAUCAACAGCAUGCGUGGAAUCUAUGUCAAGCUGGCUGCGCAUUGCGCCGAGUCUUUCAAAGUGUACUCCAUCGGCACUUGGCGGUGGAUCUGCGAUGCGGACCAGAAGCGUAUACUCUCGAAGCUCUAAUUGGGAUAAAUAGUGGCGCCUGCGUCGCCGGCGUUGUGGGAUUAAAAAGGCCACGCUACUGCUUGUUUGGCGAUACGGUUAACACGGCAUCCAGAAUAGCGGCAUGUAGCGAGCCUGGACGUAUUCAAAUCUCAUGCCGGACGUAUCAAUACCUUCUUGCCACUUCCGCCAGCAGUGCAAUACAGCCGUUAGUUAUCACUGAAAGAGGCUCGGUUUAUCUCAAAGGCAAAGGAAAUGAGAUGACUUAUUGGCUAGACGAGUGAUGUGCAGUCCUACUGUCUGGAAUUAUAAUAUGUAAACUAGAAGAACCAGGAGGAUCCAGUUCAGACUUACUUAUGUUUUUGAAUUGCUCUGUG